AUGGGCUAUCCGGCGCCGCAGCCUGGAUAUCCUACUGCCUCUGCUGGGUAUCCCCAGAACAAUCAAGCCUAUCCACAACAAAGUUCAGGCUACCCUAGUAGCCAAGGCUAUCCAAAUAGUGCUCAAGGUUAUCCACAAUCUGCUCAAGGCUACCCAUCUGCUCAAGGGUAUCCACAAGCCAAUCAAGGGUACCCACAAGCUCAAACAGGGUACCCACAGGCAAGUCAAGGACACCAACCGUCAAAUCAUUAUCAAAGUUACCCUUCUCAGCACCAACCCCAAUCACAAAGCCAACAAGUGUACAGCAUCUCAUCAAACCCCAUGGCAAAUAUUCCUAAGUCCAAGCCGACCGUGGUGCCAGCGAACCCCUUCGACCCUCGCGAGGAUGCCGCCGUGCUGCGCAAAGCGAUGAAGGGCUUCGGCACCGACGAGAAGGCAAUCAUCCAAGUGUUGACCAGGCGCAGCAACGAGCAGAGGCUUCGCAUCGCGUUCGAGUUCAAGACCCUGUACGGAAAAGACCUGGUGUCCGACCUGAAGAGCGAGACCAGCGGCAAAUUCGAGGACCUGCUGGUGGCACUAAUGACACCGCUGCCGCAGUUCUACGCGAAGGAGCUACACGACGCCACCGCCGGGAUCGGCACCGACGAGGACGUCCUCAUCGAGGUCAUGUGCACGAUGUCCAACCACGAGAUCCACGUCAUCAAACAGUCCUACACCGCCAUGUACGGAACCCUGUUGGAGGACGACCUGCGCGGUGACACAUCGGGUAACUUCAAGCGGCUUAUGACGUCACUGUGUAUGGGCAAUAGGUCUGAGGACUUCCAUGUAGAUCAAGAGAAAGCUAGAGAAGAUGCGAGGAGCUUGUUGCAAGCAGGCGAGCUGCGCCUGGGCACCGACGAGUCGGUGUUCAACGCGGUGCUCUGCUCCCGCUCGUUCCCGCAGCUGGCGGCCAUCUUCCAGGAGUACCACUUCCUCACCGGCCACGACAUCGACGACGCGAUCAAGGCCGAGUUCUCCGGCGACCUGGAGAAGGCGCUCCGCGCGAUAGUGAAAGUGGUGCGCAACAAGCCGCUGUUCUUCGCGGAGCGUCUCCACAAGUCCAUGAAGGGCCUGGGCACCAACGACCGGCAGCUGAUCCGCAUCAUGGUCACCCGCUGCGAGGUGGACCUCGGCGACAUAUCCAACAUGUUCCACUCCAAGUACGGGGAGACGCUGCAGAGCUGGAUCGAGGGCGAUUGCUCAGGCCACUACAAGAAAUGUUUGCUAGGACUAUUGGGUCUUUAC